UCGCUGUGCUGAUUAUAUAACAAAAUGGCUCCCGGACUAAUGCAGGAAACUUGGAGCUAACAAAAAACUUGCGAAACUUGAGUCAAAUAGAGGCCGCGAUAAAAGAGAGGAUCAAGAUGCCCGCUCCAACAACAGAGGAGAGGAGAAAGUGUCAUCAAACACGGGAUGCGUAUUUUAAAUGUGUCGAUGAGAACGGCAGUGAGUCGGCCUUGUGCAAGGAAGCGAAGGCGCUCUACGACAAGAGCUGCCCUGCCUCGUGGGUGAAGUAUUUUGCAAGGAAAAAAGCAUAUGAUACUUACAAGGCCAAGUUGAACACAGAGGGUUUCAAGCUUGAAGACGAAGCUAAAUAGGGAUUUUUUCAAUGGCACAAUGCUUUCAUGCAUGUAUAUGCAUGGCAUGGAAAAAGGUCCCAAAAUACAAUUUCUUUGCCUACCCCUUUUAGGACAUCACCCCUUCCAACAGCAUUUGUGGAAAAAAUAAUUUGUAUCUCAAGUAUAACUCUUCUAAGGUUCAAGCCUACAUCAGAUAGAGACAAGAAAUGAUGAAAGUUUGCAAGAGUACAUGGUCAAAUGAUAAUGAUGAUUCGAGCUCAUUUAUCGACUCUCAUCUCUGGUUGCUCUAGGCUUUUACACCAAGAAAAAAAAAUUUAUUAAGACAACUCGUUGGUAGAACAUGGCAGAUUUUUAUAAAAGUGUAAAUGGAAAAAGAUGGUAAUAAUAAAAGUUACACUAUACCA